AGCCCAUCCACCGACGCCUUUCCCCAUUAUAUUCACUUCCCAUCUCCCUCUCUCUUCAAUUCUAUUAUUCACUUCAACGACAAUAACAAGAAGUAGCAAAAAGUAGAGAAAGUUAAAGAGUUUUUGUGUUCAAGAAAUGGCAAGAUUGGUUGCAUUUGUUGUUCUUUGUUUACUGUCUGUUUCUUUGGCAACUGCCACUUUUGUUGGGAACCCUUUCCUUGUUAAGGGUAAAACAUAUUGUGACACUUGUCGAUGUGGCUUUGAAACCCCUGCUACCAAGUACCUUGCUGGAUCUAAGGUUAGAGUUGAGUGCAGACACAGGGACAGCAACAAAAUCACAUACUCAGUUGAUGGUGUGACCAACUCACAGGGUGAAUACAACAUCCUUGUGAACCGUGACUGUGGCAAUGAUGUCUGCGACGUUGUCCUCGUUGAGAGCGCAGAUAAAAAAUGUGGGGUCCCCAACGCUGGUCGUGACCGUGCCCGUGUCGUCCUCACCCGCAACAAUGGCAUGAUCUCUGACGUUCGUUAUGCUAACAACAUGGGUUUCCUCUCCAACGAACCUCUUUCUGCUUGCACUCAGAUCCUCCAGCAAUACGCAUUGACUGAGGAUCAAUAUUGAUUGAAGGAACAAACAGCAAAUGACUUAUUAUGAAUAUUUGUUAUGAUGUUGAUGCUUUAGGCAUCAAAAUUGAUACUUUUAUCUCUUUGUUAUUGUUUUCUGGAUAUUCAACUUAUAAGUGUUAUGUCCUUUUAGCGUAUGAGGAAAUUUUAAUGGCUCAUUAAAAUUAUUACUAGUGCUGAAAUUGUGGCUUGAUUGAUUUUCUUGCUGCUAGUCCUAGUCAUUGAUUAAUGGAUAGUGUUACUACUUCAAGUUUGUUAUAAAUAAAAUAGAGUGAAGUUGAA